UCUUUGACCUUUGACAUCGGACCUCAGGCUCGUCCCGCUCCUGCAGCCUGAUUGGCUCCUGCAGCCUGAUUGGCUCCUGCAGCCUGAUUGGCUGCUGCCGGUGUGAGUCACGCAGUGUUGGGACGCGGCCGCCUCCAGAUGUGGGACCGGACCGCGGUGGAACGUGAGCCCGCCCCGGUCCUCUGUAUUCUGGGAUGUUUCACACUGGGCAGGACAGAGACACGUUAGCAGGCGGGAGCCCGGCUCCUCUGGGAGGAGAAGGAGAAGAAGAAAGAGGACGAGGAAGAGGAGAAGGAGAAGAAGGAGAGGAAGGAGAGGAAGAAGAGGAAGAAGAAGAAGAAGAAGAAGAAGAAGAAGAAGAAGAAGAAGGACGUUGGUGCAGACGGAGGGAAGAGGAAGAGGAGGAAGAGGAGGAAGAGCCGUGAUCUGGUUCGCUCUCCUGCACCGACCGAGGAUCAGCUGAUGGACUGUGAUGAUAUGGCUGAAGAUGUCUGUAGAUUCUGAAAAGUCCUGUGUGUUGCUGUCAACGCGAGACUCCAGGACUUCGACGUCCUGCGUCUUCCAAACCGCAGACGAGACAGAUGACGUCCCUGGAGUGGGGGAGGAGAGCAGCGUUCUCGAGAUGCUGAGCUGCUCCAAGUUCUCCGACCUGGAGACAUGGCUGUGUAUGCCGUCCUCGCUGCUGCUGCCCAGGGCUCUGGACUCCGCCCUCACCUCCUCUUCCUCCUCUUCCUCGCAUGCUGCCAGCCCCUCCUCCGAUUCCCCUCCGACGUCCUCCUCCUCCUCCUCCCGUCGCUCCACCUGCAGCGAACCAGGAGAGGCAGACGCUCCGCCCAGGUCGUCAGGGAAGGAAUCCACCUUCUUCUCUCCUGAAAUGAUGGAAGCGCCAUAUCUGGCCACGCCCCUCCUUUCCUCCACCCCUGCAGCCGCAGUGCUGAGCUCAGGGACGUCAGCGAGAGACUCGGCCUCCCAGAGCGGGGUCAGCAUCAGGAAGCGGCGGCGGCUCGCUGCUAGUCCUGGAGGACUCCACUGGAACUCCGCAGGUUCUGUGCAACGUGAGUUCUGGUCACCUGAUCUGUCUCCGGGGUCGGAGGGGAGCGUGGCAGCAGGCGCCGGCAAGAGAAGCCUCCCCGUGGUCGAGGUGGGAGGAGCCUCACCGGCGUGUGUCGGCGACCGGGCGGCCUUGAGGAAAACGGUCUCGGUUGACGACCGUCUGCUGCAGCCGGCGGGCGGAGAGCCGCGGCGCGUGAGGCUGCUGAGUCGACUGGAGAGAGGCAGGAAGAAGCUGCGGAACGCACACAACGUUGGAAACACGGGGAGACUCGACUACAGGAAGAAGUCCAACAGUAAGAUCUCUCUCUUGGCUCAGAGGUGGAACCAGAGGUCGGCUGGAGAUGCUCUGAUCAAAGACCUGAAGCCCCAGUGUUACACGGGAACCUCCCUCAGUCUGGACAGCAGACGCCUCCCGGUUGUGAUGACGCAGCAGAUGCAGAACCUGCAGUUGUCCCAGACCAGGAAGUGUCCCGGUGGGCCGGCCUCCCCCAGCGCCGCCAAGCGCCUCUACAGGAACCUGUCGGAGAAGCUGCGGGGAAGCACCUCCUCCUUCGAAGACGCCUACUUCUUCGGGAAGACGGAUCGUCUCCGCAAGGCGUCGACGAUGCAGGGCAGCGACUGUCUCUUCGAGGCAGUGGAGCAGCAGGACCUGGACACGGUGCAGGUUCUGCUCUACCAGUUCUCGGCCGAGGAGCUGGACCUGAACACCCCCAACAGCCAGGGCCUGACGCCGCUCGACAUCGCCGUCAUGACCAACAACACGCCCGUCGCCAAGCUGCUGCUGAAGGCCGGCGGCAGGGAGAGUCCACACUUUGUGAGCGUGGACAGUCGGGACGCCUACCUCAGCUCUCUGGUGGUGGAGGCGGAGCGGCGGGCUGCCGACCUGGCGGCGCAGGCUCAGCGGGACGGUCUGUCGCUGGAGGCCUUUCACAAGGACAAGCAGCUGAGGGCCUGGGAGUGGAGGAGCAAACUGUACAAGCGCAUGAGGACGGGCUUCGAGCACGCAUGUGCCCCGGAGGCCCCGUCCAUGGUUCGUCUGAGCGUGAGCAGUUGCACCACGCUGACCGUCACGUUUCAGGAGCCGCAGUGUCUCAACUCCGCGGUGGUGACGAAAUACAGAGUGGAGUGGAGUUGUCUGAAGGAUUUCUCGCUGCUCGCUGGAGAGAUGGUGUUGGAUAAUCUGCAGAACCUGAAGUUCACCAUCAGCAGCCUGAGCACGGGUCGACUCUACUACGUCAGAGUGUCGGCCUAUAACAUGAAGGGCUGGGGUCCGCACGCCUCCUCCCUCCCUCCAUCUGCAGCUCCGUCCAAUUGGAGGGAGAGUGACGGCCGAGAGCCCCGGAGGCGAGGACACAUCGAGGCCAUGGAGCGUCUGCUGCAGCAGGUCCGGGCCACGCACACACACUACUGCUGCGGAGACUCGUCCAAGUUGCAAAACACGAGCAGGAAGCAGUCGGUCUCCAGGAGCCUCAAGCAUCUCUUCAACUCCUCCAACAAGUUUGUGAAAACACUGAAAAGGGGGAUCUACCUGGCGGUCGUCUUCUACCAGAAGGACCGUUUGCUGGUGACGGCUGAGGACCAGAUCCCCAUCGUGGAGGUGGACGACUCGUACAGCAGCUCCCUCACGCAGGACUUCCUGUGGUUCACCAAGCUGUCCUGUCUGUGGGAGGACGUCCGGUGGCUGAGGCAGAGCAUGUCGGUGUCCAUGUCGUCCUCCUCCACCCUGCAGGCCCGACACAAGAUGCUCACCGCCGCCGGACAGAUGCAGAACCUCCUGGGGACCCACAACCUGGGCCGCGUCCACUACGAGCCCAUCAAGGAUCGCCACGGCAACGUGCUGCUUGUGGCGAUCCGAGACGUGGAGAGUCAGCACUCGCUGCUCAGCGGGAAGUGGCUGCAGGUGACGAAGCUGCAGAGCCAGAGGAAGUCGCUGUCGACGCCCGAGGAGCCGUACGCGCUCGACAUCCUCAUCAUCACCAUCCAGGACAUGUUGGCGUUCCAGCGGCGCAGCUCUCACCGUCUGGCUCCAGGUCUCUAUCUGGGCUUCCUGAAGCUCAGCAGCUCUGUGGACCAGAUCAGAGUCGUGGUGUCGCAGCGGAGCCCUAACAUGCUCUGUCACACCCGCGUACGAGAGAACGCCAACGUGUCCAGGGACGAGUGGGACUGGAUCCAGAAGCUGUCGGACGUCACCAGGGAGGAGGGCGAGGGGGGCGGACCCAGGGCAGAGAGCCACGCCCCCUUACUGUUCUACGAGCUGCAGACGGCGAUCAAGGCCCUGCUGAAGCACAUCAACCUACCUCUGCACCAGGCCCGUCACUUCCGUCUCUACAGUCACGAGGUGGUGGAGCUCGGUCACGGCGUCUCCUUCCUGCUGCUGCUGCCAGCGGCCGAUGAAGUUUGCUCCGCCCCCGGUCAGUCCAACCCCUUCACCCCGCUGUCAGGGUUCCUGCACCUCCCCCUGCAGAUGUUCGAACUGGUUCACUUCUGCACCUACAGAGAGAAGUUCAUCAGUCUGUGCUGCCGCCUGUCCUCCGUCCUGGACCUGGACGCCCUCAUUACCCAGCAGGCACUGCGGGAGGCCAUCAGCGACGGCGAGGUGGCCACAGCCAAACAGACACAUCAGCUCAUACUGGACUACAUCCAGCAACUGGACGAGAUGCGUCGCGACCUCCGCUGGAUCACCGACGCGCUGCAGUACGCUCGCUACAAGCAGCCUCACGGCGGCGUGCCGAUCACCUGCCUGGUGGACGCCAACGCCCCCGAGAGCAACUCCGACCAGCAGAAGACGGACUCCACCUCCUCGACCAUGGACUACCUGCCCACGCCUUCGCCCUCGCCUGAACUGCGCCGGAGGAAAGCUGUCAGCGACUCUCUUCCCGGCUCCGACGAAGACGGGUCCUCCGAGGUUUUUCUGCCGACGGAUAGCGACUACGACUCCAGCGACGCCCUUAGCCCCCGCGAGCUGGACCUGCUCUACUCUCCGGCCCAGGACCUGUCCCAGCAGGCCGUGCACUCGCUGGGCGGCAGCGCCCCUGACGUGCUCCAGAUCCACGAGCUCAGGACCCUCCCCACCUCUCCGACCCUCCCUCUGUCCCUCCCACUCUCCCCGGCUCUGUCCAACACCACCAAGACUCUGGAGGGCCUCUCCGUGUCCAAGGGUCACCAGGAGGACGUCACCCCCUCGAGGGCCCUCGCCAACCCCCCCGCCAAGCGCAAACUGCUCUCCAGGAGUCACAGGGGCCAGUACUUCAGCGGGCCCCAGCGCUGGCUGAGGGGCCACAGGGGGGAGAGCCACACCGGAUCUUUGUCUGAGGGCGUCUACACCAAGCAGCUCGAUCUGGACCCGCCCCUGCCCGGGGACCCGCCCGCCCCACAGGGCGCCACCUACGUCAGUCACGCCUCAUGUGUCCUGGAGAGCCGGAAGGGCCGGCAGCGGGAGCCCCGGCCCCACGUCCGAAGGAUCUUUGUGGAGCCCCUGGGUCACGAGACGGGCUGGGAGGAGGGGGAGGAGCCUGGCGGGGAGAUGACAGAGAGGGGGGCGGCCGCCUGCGUGUCGGUGGUCGUGGCCCGGAAAGAGUCUGGAGGGGAUGGGGAGGAGCCAGAAGGAGCCGCCGCCCAGGAUGUGGACUCAGACGACCAGACCAACGCCCAGGUGUCAGAGAUACUGAGCAGCACGCUGUAGAGGGAUCGGACCGGCACCUCCGGUCAGGGCUUCACUCGUCUUUGUCCCCUCAGUCCUCAAAAUCUGUUCCCUCGUAAAACCCAAACUUGCUGGAAUGUUCUGGACGAUAUUAUGAACGUUCCUCCUGAAAAGCUCAAUGGAACUGGAGACGAGGUCAAGUGGAACUUGAAACGGCCGAGGACCAACAGGAGCUUUUCUCAGGAACUCACCGAGGAGCAGAACCAAUAUCACAGGGACACUGGUUCUAACCUCCAACCAGUUCCUGAUCCUUCAGGAAGUUUUACUCCAGGUUUGAGUUCCGAGUUCCUCUGGAGGUUCUUGGUCUCCUGCAGCGUCGCCAACAUCAACGCUGAGACGCCGCAAUCCUGUCGAACAGAAGAGGGUCGACUCACGACCUGGAGCGUGACUCCCUAAGAUUGUAAAACCAAAACUAAAGUUGCUGGUUCAACUCCCCCAAGCCUCAGAACCCCAGACGUCGACUGUUACAAAGAAAUAAUCGAUGCAACGAAGAAAAACCCCCGAGCUUCUGCUUCUCUGGACGGGAACUCUGCACUCGGCUCCGCACGUCCAGCUUUUGGUUUGAAGUCUCUCAAACUCUUGAAUUGAAUCGUUUCCUGCUCCCGCCUGUUCGAUUCUCCUCUACUUGAAGUGAAUGUACAGUUUCCUCUCUGUGGUGAUUCUUUUCAGCUGCUCGUCGAGUCUCAACGUGGUCGAUUAACUUGUGGUCAGUGUGAAGUUUGAAGUAUUUUGUUCCCCGAGGUCUGAAACACGAGAAACCUUAAAAACAUUACAAAAGUAUUUUUGUAUCUGCGGAUUGAAAACCUGUGACCUUUCACCUGGAAUGUUGAUGAGCUGUAUAUCGUUGGCAUGACGUAGUUCGUAGCUGUGGUUUUUGUUUUGUUUUGGAAUGAAGCUUCGUCGUGAUGAUGUCAGGGGUCGUAGGUCAGGGGGAGGGGUCAGGAAACUGUUCAAAACAGUCUGCACUUUGCCCCUCGGACUGACCUCAGUCGUGUUUGUGCCGUUGUUCGGUUCCCGUCCUGUGUUUCCUGCUCUUUUCUACCGAUACACCAAAAAGUGCAGCAGAUGUGUUGAUGUUGUGUCGGUGAGUCCGGCCGCUGCACAGGCUCCUCCCACGUCUGCACGCUAUUUAACAAAAGUAUGUUUUUAAUGUUUCAGAUGAUUAUUAUGGAAUACAAGCUAAUUGAAUAUGUGACGCAAAGGGGCAUUAACUCACUAACUGUGGCAGCUUCUCUCACCAGCGACGGUCAAGGUCCGGUUCAUGGUUCUGUUGUUGUGUGAAUGAAACAGAUCCAUCACUCAUGUAAAGACCUUCAGCUUCGCUCAUUAAAAUAUUCAAAUAUUA